AGUAAACACGUGUUGUGUGUUCGUCGAGUAAAUACGUGUUUCUUUCUUCGAGUAAUUUUGACGUGCCGAGUGAUUAGUAAUGUUUAAUAGUUAAAUGUUUCGUACUAUUUUUUUGAGGUGUAAAUAAAUUCGAUCAAGUGAGUGAACAGAGUGUGUGUGUGUGUGUGUGCGCGUGUGUAUGGCUGUGUAAACGAGUGAAGUGAUAAAAUGUAAGAAGAAAGAAGAAAGAUUUAAUCCGAUAAACUGAAGGAUGGAUCGUGAGAACAAUCAAUUGAUUGCGGAAUGCAUGAAACAAAGAACUUUCAACUUUUUAUUACAAUUAUUGUGGGGCGAUUUAUGUAAACAAGACAGAUAUGGAAGGCACCCAAAAUCUCCUGAAGAACAGUUACUUAUAGCUAUCUGGUUCAUGAGUACACCAAAUUCUUAUAGGUGUGUCUCUGACAGAUUUGAUUUCGGAACAGCUACAGCAUGGCGAAGUGUCCAAAAAGUAGUGAAUGCUUUAUAUAAAAAAGUGGCAACAUUUAUUCGCUGGCCAACAUUGGAAGAAUCUGCACGUAGUAUGGAAUCAAUUAAACGAAAAUAUGGAUUUCCUAAUGUUAUUGGUGCAAUAGAUGGGACUCAUAUAAAAAUUAUUAGUCCAAGAGAUAAUAGUGAUUCCUAUAUAAAUAGAAAAGGUUUUCACUCCAUUCAAUUACAGAUUAUUUGUAAUGAACAGCUGCAAUUCAUACAUUGCUAUACAGGACAAGCAGGUUCUGUACACGACAUGCGUGUCUUCCGACUAUCAGGUUUUGAAACGAUGUGUACAGAUAAUAACUUUCCGCAUGAUAGUCACAUACUGGGUGAUGCAGCUUAUCGUCUCACAAAAUAUAUUAUGGUACCGUUCAAAGACAAGGUCAUCUAUCUGAACGUCAGAUAAUUUUCAACACACGUCUCUCAUCUGCUCGAAUGAUGGUUGAACGUUCAAUAGGGCUUUUGAAAGGUCGUUUCCGAAGCCUUUUGGAUACACUUCCAAUGUACAGAACUGACUUAAUACCUAAAUAUAUAAUCGCUUGUUGUGUU